UAAUUUGCUGUUUUAUGAGAAACAGAGUCUAAGUUUAUAGACUUUAUGGCAGUACACUAAAAUUGCUGGGACUUGCCUUUACCUUCAUUUUAUUUUCCAUUAGAAACCAUGCAAGUAUCAGCCAUAUUACUUGUAACACUUUUAAAACCUCUUUGAGGUACUGACACAGCUCAGAUAUUUUUGUACAGCUUAUUUGAAAUAUAUUCUAUUUGGCACAUUGGAUGAAAAUACAUUCAAAAUAGAUUUGCCUGUAAUCCUGUGGGUUAAUUAUUCUCUUCUCUAAGAAAUAAUAAACUUCACUUUAGAUUAAGAAAUCCAGAUGGCAGAGUGAUAAACACAGAUGGAUCCUACAGUGGUGCUUACUUUUGUCGUUCUGAUUUCCAGCCAUAGUCAACAUGAAAGUAGCAAUUCUAUCUGUAUGAUUAAGAAUGCAACAUUGUUAUCAGAGAAGAACUUUGAUGGAUUUUCAUAUGAGAAAUCAAGCACAUAUGAAAGUAAACAAAAUAAAAGCACCUCAGUUGCUAACUUCAAAUGCCACAUUAAUUCGAAGGAUUUUGAGGUGUAUCUGCUAUAUUCAGAUAGCACUUACAAAUCUGGACCAGUCACUCCCUCUCCUGUUCUCAACAAUGGUAACCAAUCAAACUGUUGUACAAAGUUCUCAGGUAAUAAGGAGAUAAAUAACACAGCCUUUGGUAUCAUCUGUACAGACAUUGUGCCUAUAAUAUCACAAUGCUUGAUAUCACCACAUGAAACCACCUUGAUGCCACAUUCAGAAGAGUCUUUACAGAAUAGAAAAGAGUCACAAGAAGAUGCUGAACUUGUGGAACGACAGAAAAUUGCAUUAAUUCUGAAAGGCUUCAUUGCAGUAACACUUUUCAUUGUUGGACUUUUGUUGAUAAUAUUUGAUGUUUUUGAAGUCCCUUGGCCGUGUCAAACCUGUAAGGAGCAACAAAAAGAAACAGUGAAACAACCUCCAGUUUCAAGUCAUUUCUUAUCUUUGAAAUUCCUAUCAAGAAUAUGGAAGAUUACCAAAGAAGACACUCCACCUCCAGCUCGAACGACAAAUGAAGAAGUUAUAAUUAUUUAUGAGACUUUUUUUUAAAAGAUUUAACCUAUAAAGCCUGACAUAUAAAAUAAGAGCCAGAAAAUUAAAAUGU